CUUAGUUCCUGAAUCCUCUGGUUAACUUCAGACACUCACAACUCUGCAGACAUGCUGAGUCCUGCUGAAUCCAGCCAGCUGCUAUUUUAUGUAAAUGGCAGAAAGACUCUUGAGAAAAAUGCUGAUCCAGAAGUUAUGCUUUUGCCUUAUCUUCGUAAAAAACUUCUUCUUACUGGAACAAAAUAUGGUUGUGGAGGAGGCGGAUGUGGAGCCUGCACUGUGAUGGUGUCUGCAAUUAAUCCGGUUACCAAGAACAUUUUCCAUUACUCGGCCAAUGCUUGCCUGCUUCCAAUAUGCGCCCUGCAUGGAGCUGCUAUCACCACCGUGGAAGGAAUUGGGAGCGCAACCAGUAGGCUGCACCCUGUACAGGAAAGGAUUGCGAAAGCUCAUGGCUCUCAGUGUGGUUUCUGUACUCCUGGGAUGGUGAUGUCUAUGUACAGUCUGAUAAGGAACCACCCUCAACCCACCAUGCUGCAGAUAAAUGAAGCACUGGGAGGUAAUCUGUGCCGUUGUACUGGAUAUCGACCAAUAAUGGAUGGAUGCAGAACCUUCUGUAACAGAGAGGAUUGCUGUCAGCUGAAAGAGAAUGGAACAUGUUAUGUCGAUGGCGACACGAGCAAAAGUAAUGGAGAAAAUGGAGUCAACAGACUGAAUGAUGCUCAUGAUUCUGCCCAUGGAGAUGUUUGCACUGGAUUGUUUAAAGAAGACAACUUUUUGCCUCUUGAUCCGACACAAGAACUGAUCUUUCCACCUGAACUAAUAUUAAUGGACAAUGAAAACAAGAGUGAGCUGAUAUUCCAAGGAGAGCGCAUUACCUGGUUCUCACCAGCCAGUCUGCCGGAGCUACUACACUUAAAAGUACUACACCCAAAAGCUCCACUUGUGGUGGGGAACACUGCAGUAGGGCCAGAAAUGAAAUUUCGAGGGGUGUUUCAUCCAGUAAUUAUCUUCCCUGCAAGAAUUGAGGAACUCCACCUUGUGACUGAGAGUGAUACAGGAAUAACAUUCGGAGCAGCCUGCAGUCUUACAGUACUGAAAGACACACUAAAUAAUGUUGUUUCACGCUUGCCAGAGGAGAAGACCAAGCUUUACCGGACCCUCUUACAGCAGCUCUCAACUCUGGCUGGUGCCCAGAUUAGGAACACAGCUUCUUUAGGAGGAAAUAUCAUUAGCCGGUUGACAACAUCUGAUCUAAACCCAGUUCUGGCUGCAGGAGGCUGCGUGCUAAACCUAGCAUCCAAAGAUGGCACCAGGCAAGUUCCUUUAGAUGAGUCUUUUUUUGCGGUGUCAGGACCCUCUUUUCCAAAACCUGAAGAAAUAUUGGUGUCUGUGCAUAUACCAUAUUCUAGGAAAGGCGAUCAUGUGUUAGCCAUUAGACAAGCCCAGCGUCGACAAAAUGCUUUGCCGAUUGUCAUUGCUGGAAUGAAGGUUCAGUUUGCAGAAGACACAGACAUUAUUAAAACUCUUCGUCUAUUCUAUGGAGGACUGGGAGCAACAACUGUGUGUGCAAAGACAACCAGUCAACAGCUGGUUGGAAAGCACUGGAAUGAGGAUAUGUUGAGUGAAGCCUGCAAGCUUAUUUUGGAUGAGAUUCAGCUAAAUCCGUCUGCUCCUGGUGGGAUGAUUGAAUAUAAGAGAACAUUGACAAUCAGCUUCCUUUUCAAGUUUUACCUGGAGGUGCAGCAAGCGCUGAACCAGCUGGUGCGUUUUCCUAGCUUUUCCUUACCAUAUAAGCUUUGUUGGCAAAUGUCUGAAUCUUACUCAGUUCUUCAUCUUUUACAGGACCCUAAUAAUCCAGACAUUAGUGCUCUCAAGAAAUUUGAUCUGACACAAUCGAAACACAUUCAGACUUACCAGAAUGUACCUGAAGAUCAGCCUGAUCGUGACCCUGUCGGACGACCAGUUGUGCACAGAUCUGGGAUCAAACAAGCCACUGGAGAAGCCAUUUACACAGAUGACAUGCCCUCUGUGGAUGGGGAGUUGUAUGUGAAAUUUGUCACCAGCUCCAGAGCUCAUGCAAAAAUUGUAUCUAUGGACCUUUCAGAGGCUGUAGCCCAGCCAGGUGUAGUUGAUAUUAUAACAGCAGAUGAUUUUCCCGGCACCAGUGAGUGUACACUGGAUGAUGGAACAGUUCCAAUAUUGGCAUGUGGAAAGGUACUGUGUGUGGGUCAGAUAAUUUGUGCAGUAUUGGCUAGCUCACCGGAUCAAGCAAAGAAAGCGGCUGCCAAAGUCAAUAUUGUUUAUGAGAAUUUGGAACCGGUUAUUCUGACAAUUGAGGAGGCCAUUAAUAACAAUUCAUUCUAUGGACCACAAAGACGACUAGAGGUCGGAAAUAUAGAAGAAGCCUUUCAAACAGCUGAUCAGGUGCAUGAAGGUGAAAUCUAUAUAGGUGGCCAGGAACAUUUCUAUAUGGAGACUCAAAGUAUCCGAGCUGUCCCCAAAGGAGAAGAUGGAGAAAUGGAUGUGUAUUUGGCUACCCAAGAUCCAACUCACACACAGGGCCUUAUAUGUGCAGUGUUGAACAUACCUGCCAACAGAAUUGCAUGUCACGUGAAGAGAGUUGGAGGGGCUUUUGGGGGAAAAGCUACAAAAACUGCAUAUCUUGCAGCAAUCACUGCAGUUGCUGCCCACAAGACAAAGCGUGCAGUUCGCUGUAUUCUGGAACGUGGAGAUGACAUGUUAAUUACAGGAGGACGACACCCUUAUCUUGGGAAAUAUAAAGUUGGUUUCAUGAACGAUGGUCGUAUAGCUGCUCUGGACGUUUCUUAUUUUAAUAACGCUGGAUCAACUUCAGAUGAUUCUGUUAUUGUGGUAGAGGCUGGUUUGAUGACCAUGGACAGCGGCUACAAGAUACCCAAUUUGAAAUGCAAGGGAACUGCCUGCAAGACUAACCUACCAUCAAAUACUGCCUUCCGGGGAUUCGGGUAUCCACAAGCUGCAUUUGUAACUGAAACCUGGAUGAGUGAAAUUGCUAUUAAAACUGGGCUCCCACCUGAGAAAGUCAGGGAGAUAAAUCUGCACAGGGGAAUUGGUGUGAACCAUUUAAAACAGGAGAUAGAUGCCAGGACUUUGAUUAUGUGCUGGAAUGAGUGCAUGGAGAAGUCUUCUUACCACAACAGAAGGUUGGCUAUUGAUGAAUUUAAUAACCAGAACUACUGGAAGAAGAAGGGGUUGGCCAUUAUACCUAUGAAAUUUCCCAUUGGAUCCUUUGCGAAAUUUUUUGGACAGGCGGCUGCUCUUGUCCAUGUCUACUUGGAUGGAUCGGUCUUGAUCAGUCAUGGUGGUGUAGAGAUGGGACAAGGUGUCCACACAAAGAUUUCACAGAUUGCAAGUCGUGAACUUCAAAUCCCAUUAUCAAAUGUGCAUGUAGUUGAAACCAACACAGCUUCUGUCCCCAACACAUUAGUGUCUGGGGGAUCUCUAGGGACCGAUGUCAAUGGCAUGGCAGUAAAGAGUGCAUGCCAAAAACUCAUGCAACGCCUGGAGCCCAUUAAAGAGGCAAACCCUAAAGGUUCAUGGAAGGACUGGGUGAAAGAAGCAUUUAUGCAGUCAAUAAGUCUCUCUGCGACAGGCUAUUUCAGGGGAUUUGACAGUGAAAUGAACUGGGAAAAAGGAGAGGGUAACCCAGCUCAAUACUUUGUAUAUGGAGUUGCUUGUUCUGAGGUUGAAAUAGAUUGCCUGACCGGAGAUCACAAGAAUCUCCGCACAGAUAUGGUUAUGGAUGUUGGAUGCAGUAUUAACCCAGCUGUGGACAUAGGACAGAUUGAAGGUGCUUUUGUUCAAGGUCUUGGACUUUUCACAAUUGAAGAACUUAAGUUCUCUCCUCAAGGCAUACUGUACAGUCGAGGUCCAGCUCAGUAUAAGAUUCCAUCUGUUUGUGACGUCCCAGAACAGUUCUACGUUUCCUUGCUCACUAAUGUUCCAAACCCUCGUGCCAUAUACUCUUCUAAGGGUAUUGGAGAACCAUCAUUGUUCUUGGGUUCAUCUAUAUAUUUUGCUAUAAAAGAUGCUAUAGCAUACGCUCGAAAAGAGAGAGGGCUGUCAGAGCUCUUCACUUUGAACAGUCCAGCUACCCCAGAGAAGAUAAGAAUGGCUUGUGGAGAUCGGUUCACCAAUAUGAUUCCAAGAGAUGCGCCUGGCACCUAUGUCCCUUGGGCAAUCGACGUAUGAAGAGAUAUACUGCUACACAAUACAUGUUUUUCUCAGCUUUCUCUUGCUUGUCAAUUUUAUUUCAUGGAAAGAUCACUUGAUUCUAUAUGGUGUAUUAACAGAUUAUUCUAAUAGGCUAUGGUCUUUGGGUGGAUAAAUAGGAAGAAGGGAAAAAAUUAUUACUGAAACAUAAUUCCAGCUUAAAAUAUUUUAGAAGCAACUGUAAAUGUUAACAUUGUAUUUCCGGAGUGCAGCCCCGAUCUUCUGGUCCGCGGCUCCGGAAAAAAAUAGAACAUGUUCUAUGGGGGUGCCGGCCGGGUGUAUUGCUUCUACUGCUGCAAAAAUACUGCUUAUAUGUGAUACACAAACAUGUUCAACCUUGGCAUUCUGUAAGGUGCCUUGACACAUCAAAUUAUUUUUAAGAAAAAUCUUAAGGUGUGUGGCCCUAAUGCAUUUUGUAAAGAGUAAGGGGGUCAUUUAUCAAACUGGUGUAAAGUAGAACUGGCUCAGUUGCCCAUAGCAACCAAUCAGAUUCCACCUUUCAUUUUCCAAAGGAGCUGUGAAAAAUGAAAGAGGAAAUCUGAUUGGUUGCUAUGUGCAACUACGCCAGUUCUACUUUACACCAGUUUGAUAAAUGACCCCCUAGGUCCUUGAUAUGGCAUCUGAUCGAGCACACCACAUUCUUUUUUUACACAAAAGUCAACAAAAAUAAAACUCUCCAUAUGUCUCUGUAUAAAACUGGAAGUGUGGGAGGUACACUCUAGAGUCUAGACUGUUAUGGGUGCUAUAUUUUGGCUUAGUAUGAGAAUGGUAUUGUUUUGGUACUGCUGUUCUGUUUCCCAUCAGCAAACACAGUCCCUGUAAAGGUGUAACUAGGCUUUCCUUCACACAGGGCAAAGAUGGCUCUCCUAACCCACCACACCACAACCCUCCAUCUGAAAUUCAGAAACAGCCAAGCAUAGUCCCAUAGGUAUAGGACAUUAUGCUAUGUUUUAGUUUUCUUUUUCCUGUUAUCAUUUUAGAAUUGUAUACAUUAUUUUAUGCUGUUUCAACAAAAAUCGCAAUAAAAACUUACUGAAUCAUAAAAAAA